AUGGCGUCUAGAACCCACCAUUUAGACGCGACGGGCGAUCGCGAAGUAGUCUUCUGCCACGGCUGCGAUAAUGAGUGGUACCGAGAUCAACGCCCCAAUACUUUAGAAUGCCCCCGAUGCCACGGCGAUAUCACGGAGAUAGUUUCACCUGAAAGCGAUCCUCGUAACCUAGACGAUAACGAUUCGCUACCUGGUUUCGGCCAGCACCGCCGCUUCCAUCACCCUCAUUUCGAUUCUGAUGAAGACCCCGACGAGGAUGACAUCGAGGAACACCUACUUCAUGGUCCUGGGGGCUUUUAUGGCCAUCGAUCUAUAUUGCGGUCCCCCGAUAGCCAAGGCCUUAGAACCGCCCCCCGAACGGCUCCCGAGAAUACCGACCAGAUCAUGCGCAGAUUCACGGAGCUAAUAUCAGAUAUAGGAGGAAGCCCCUCCAUUGGCCGGUCCGGGCCAGACACACUAUUCGGAGGUAGUCAAGCCCCGCGAGUUACGCUUCAAAGGUUUUCCGGUCCCGGUUUCACUGGCGGUGUUAGUAGUGUUACCUUUACGUCCAGUUCCUCACGGGCUCGCCCCGAGCCCGGCCAUGGACUUGGAUUAGGCCCUGAAGAUCCGUUUCAAAGAGUCUUUGGGAAUAUAAUGGGAGACCUAGGUCCUCCUCCCAUGGGUCGCGACUCUCCAAAUGGUUCAAAUCAAACCGGCAGAGAGGGCAAUCCCCGCCAGCCAGCAGAUUUUUCGUUAGCUCUAAGUCAGCUAAUAGCGAGCCUCAUAAAUCCUCACACAGUUCAUGGCGAUGCGGUUUAUUCUCAGGAGGCACUAGACCGCAUCAUCACGAGUCUCAUGGAGGCAAACCCGCAGUCAAAUGCGCCAGCACCUGCUUCGGAGGAGGCUAUUGCAAAUCUACCAAAGAAGAAGUUAAAUGAGGAGAUGCUAGGGCCUGAAUUGAAAGGCGAAUGCACUAUAUGUAUCGAUGAGGUGAAAGCAGGGGAUGAAGCCGUUGUGCUACCGUGUAAACACUGGUUUCACGAACAGUGCGUCGUCUUGUGGUUGAAACAACACAACACAUGUCCUAUCUGCCGCGCAUCCAUCGAUGGUGAGGCUGCUGGCCGUCCCGUUAAUGCGGCCUCGGAUGCACAGCCUGGACCGUCUGGUACUUCGUCUCAGCACCGAAGACGAGAUGGUGCUCCGUCGAUAAGCCGCAUGAGAUCUGAUCAGACUAAUUCUCCAAGCCGAGCGUCAACGUUGAGACGAGACUCGAACUCGCCCCCGACGCACUCUGGAACGGGCUCGGCCAGGGUUAGAAGCCCUUCUCCUUCCAGCCGUCGUUCGGCGCAAAGCGAUAGGACACGUGAUGGAAGAGGUUCUAUCGGCGGCCCAUUUCAUUGGAUUAGAGACCAGUUCAGAGGAGACAGACGCUAGUAAAUAUAUACUUGCUCGGUCGUUUCAGCCUUUCGGAGUCUUCUACUACAUUUGGAAUGAAGCAUUUUGGCAUUGUUUGGUGAUAAUCCAAAACACAACAGCGCGGGUUUAGCGAGGAUCAUAGGUAUCCUAGAUUUGAUGAAGUUCCACGAAAAAGCCGCGACCUUAUGAAUCAUGUGGCUAGAGUCUUUUACCAUAGGAAUGGCGUGUCCAAUGGGUUGGAUCUGGGUUUAGGGGUCGCCUAGAUCACAUCCCAGUAUCUUUGCGAGGACCC